AUGUCAAUCAUGAGCAUGAAGAAUCUUUUUUACAAAUCAUCAUCGAAGAGGAGUAAAACUUGUCAUCAGUUUAUGAUGUGCGAGGGUGAAACAUCACAAAUUGAUCUUAUUGUUAGUUAUGUCGAAGGAAGUUGCAUUGAUAUUCUACCUGACAUUCUAGAGGUGAGGCUGCAACUGUUUGUUACUUAUUUUUUCAUAUCUUUCAUUGUAAAGCUGUCUAGUUUAAUUUGUGACCCAAAUGUGUUUUUGAAAGAGACUGAAAAUCACUCCAAUAUUCUCGUUUAUGUUGCAACUUUUUAUCCAGAAAAAGGAGAUAAAUGUUCACAUGUUCUUUCACACAUGAGUUGA